AACACGCAUCCGUGCAUAAAGUUCAAAUUCAGAGCAGUAGACCCAUCGAGAACGCAAAUAUUACAAACUAAACGACUUCGGCUUCACUUCAUAUUUGUUAAAAGAAGCUUUGUUUGAAAGUCAGCACCACUUGUUGCCUCUUCUUGGCAACAUUUUAACCGACUUUUCUGGGCAUACCUGGGUGGCGAACAUGACCUGAAGAGUUGCGUUUUGGAGGAUGAGCUGCUCCUGAUCUCUUCUGAUGACGAUGAAGCCUGGAAGUGGCCUUCUCUCGCCGCCGUGGACAAGCCGGCGCUCAGGUGUCUUGUGCGGACAAAGCAGACUACCUGGGGAGAGCUCACACGCCUGAUGAUGGUGAUUGUGGUGGUGGCGGUGAUGAUGACAGCCGGGAUUUAAGACAUUCUUCCCCGCUGUUGGGAUGCGACGGUGAGAGAGUGAAAAGAGAAAGUAUCUUGUCGCCAUGGCCUCGGAGACGGUCUGCGGGCUGAUAUUCAGGCUGAUACUGCCUGUCUGCCUCACUGCUGCUUGUGUCUUCAGGUACAAUGUGCUGUCCUUCGUCUACCUCAUCUACCUCCUGCUUAUUCCGCUCUUUCCUGAGCCCACGUGCACAACCAUGCAGGGCCACACGGGACGUCUGCUGCUGUCUCUGUGCUUCACCAGUUUGUCCUUCCUGCUCGUCCACAUCAUCUAUCAGAUUACUGUCAACAGCCUCCUGGCCAGGAACUCCAUCGAUUCCGAAUUCAACUGUUCCUCAUGGGAAAAAUCCAUACGGCAAAUUGGAUUUGAGAGUGUGAUCGGUGCUGAUGCCGUGAACGGCAUCCGAGUGUUCAUCCCGGACAUCGGCAUGUUCAUGGCGGGCGUGGCCAUCUGGAUGCUGUGUCGCAGUUUGAUCCAGAAGAGGCCGCCUGAGGACAUGGGGCAGUACAAUGCCGACUUUGAAGCAGAGGACCAAGAAGAAGACGAGAAGCUGAGUCUAGAAGACCACAUCCUCUUGGAGGAGGACUCUGACAGAGGCUACGAAGCCGAAGAAGAUGAAGAGAAUGAUGGGCAGGAGGAUGAUGAAGAAGAGGAGGAGGAGGAAGAAAAGGAGAGCGCCAAGAUGAAGAUCCUGCGACUGGUGGCAGAAGUUGCGUCCAAAGUGAAGGAAGUCAUCGGGAACUUAAUCACCACAGCGGGUCAGGUGGUGGUGACCAUCUUGUUGGGAAUAACAGGGAUGAUGCUGCCAUCUUUGACCUCGGCAGUCUAUUUCUUCAUCUUCCUUUUUCUGUGCACCUGGUGGUCUCUGCGGCGGACCUUUGACACGCUGCUCUUCAGCUGCAUGUGCGUCUUGAUGGCCAUCUUCAGUGCCGGACAUCUGGUCGUCCUCUACCUCUACCAGUUCCAGUCCUUCCAGGAGUCCGUUGUGCCAGAAGACAGCUACAUCAGGUACUUCGGCAUGUCCCCUGUCAUCCAGAAUGACUGCACCAGGACGUGGAAGCUGAUCAGGAAUUCUAAACGCAAGUGGCACCACUUCGUCAACCCCAUCAUGCUGCUGGUCCUCUACUACACACUGGCCACACUCAUCCGCCUCUGGCUGCAGGAGCCCGUUGAGGAGCUGAUGGGUGACAAGGAGGAAGCCAUGUCCGAGGAGGAGGAGGAACUGGUCGGAAACGGGACGAAUAAUUCAGCCAACAGGAAGAGGCAGUUGUGGUGGGAAUCCCGGCAAGGAACAGAUGAGAAAAAUCUGCUCUCUACCCAGGACGGCAUCAGUACAACUGAGGUUGUUCUCGCCCCAAAUGGAACAUCCUUCAACUUUGUCACUGAUAACGGACCCGUCUAUCCGGACUUGUACUCCACUCCGCAGUACAAAACGGACCAGUGCGGUAAUUGUACAGAAAAGGAGGACAUGGACAUCUAUGAGGUGAGUCUUCCUCCAGAGGACGGGGUGGUGGCAGGCGGGGAGAAGUCUGAGAAAGACGAGGACGCCAUAAGGAAAAGGGGAGUGGGAGCCAUGGUGAAGGUCUUCCACUUCAUCAUGAAGCAGAGCUAUAUCUGCGCUCUCAUCGCCAUGAUGGCCUGGAGCAUCACCUACAUCACCUGGCUGACGUUUGUUUUUCUCAUUUGGUCCUGCAUGCUGUGGAUGGUGCGCGACCGACGGCGCUAUGCCAUGUUGUCCUCACCCUUCAUGGUGGCUUAUGGCAACCUGCUGAUAGUCCUGCAGUACAUCUUCAGCUUUGAGGGAAUUACGCAUGUCCCAGGACUCUCCGUUGAGAAGACAAACCUGUUUCACUCGCUGUCCUCCAAGGUCUUAUGUCUGCUGAGCUUCUGGUUGCUGCUGAGGCAGACGCUCACAGAGAGGUCAGAAAAACAGAAGGACGACGAAGCGGGCCUCUCAGAUGUUCACGUGGAUGACCAAAAGAUAAAGGAGAAAGAUGAGUCUGAGCAUGAGGACGAGCACGACGUCAUGCACGUGCUUGGCAGUAUGGUCAUGGCGCUGCUGGUCAAGUACUGGAUUUACAUCUGCGGUGGCAUGUUCUUCUUUGUCAGCUUCGAGGGAACCAUUGUCAUGUACAAGAUCAUUUACAUGAUGAUGUUCCUCUCCUGUGUGGCGCUCUAUCAGGUGCAUUACGAGUGGUGGCGGAGAAUCCUGAAGUACUUUUGGAUGUCGGUGGUGAUGUACACCAUGCUGGUGCUCAUUGCCGUUUACACCUUCCAGUUCAGACCCGACACGGCAGACAACAAAGACAGCUUGAAGGACCUCGGCCUUGAGAAGUUCUCGGUCUCGGAGCUGUUCACCAGGAUCUUCAUUCCCACGUCCUUCCUGCUGGUGUGCAUCCUGCACCUGCACUACUUCCACGACCGCUUCCUGCAGCUCACCGACCUCCAGGCAGUGGUGGCCAAAGAGGAGAGCACCAUCUACAGGUUGGCUCACCCGGACGGCAGCCUGGCAGACCUUACCAUGCUCAGCGUGGGCUCUGCCGACGCCUCGUUAUCCAGGAGUAGGGAGGAGCAGGAGUCGCAGAGCGAGAGGGCCGAAUGGGGCAUGUCCGCGGAGCAGACUCUUGUGGUGGUGAGAGAUGAUGCGGGAUCGGCUGGCACCAAGCCUGGCAGCCUCUCCGACGCCAGACAGUCCAGCACAGAGGAGAGCCACCGCUUCAGUGUGGGCACCGAGCCAGAACCAAGCACCGAGCAGAGCUCCGACAUGAAGAGCAAAUGGCACCUGGUGGUCGACCGCCUCACUGUGCUCUUCCUCAAGUUCCUGGAGUACUUUCACAAGCUGCAGCUGUUCAUCUGGUGGCUCCUGGAGAUCCACAUCAUCAAGAUUGUGUCGUGCUACAUCGUCUUGUUCGCCAUCCAAGAGGUGUCUUUGCUCAACUAUGUGUUCCUUGCGUCAUGGGCCUUUGCCCUGCCCUACAGCCAGUAUCGCCCCCUGGCCUCCAGCGUCUGCUCUGUGUGGACGUGUGUCAUCAUUGUGUGUAAAAUGUUGUACCAGCUCAAGUCCAUCAAGCCACUGUCCUACUCCAAGAUGUGCACCAUGCCGGCAGCCUACACCGCUGAGCAGGAGAAGGAAAUGCAGGACUCCGUACUCUAUCAGGGUCUGGUGGAUCCAGCCAACUGGGUGGGCCUGCAGAAGACUGACAACCUGCUUGGCUACAUCAGGCACAACCUCCUCAUUUUGGCCAUCUUGGCAUUCGAGGUGACCGUUUAUCGCCAUCAGCAAUACUUUCGACUGAGAAACAAGCUGGCGCCUCCUGCCGCCAGGAUCAUUUUCCACGACAUCACACGACAACACCUGGACAUCGGCAUUGUCUAUUUCAUCAAAUACUUCAUCAACUACUUCUUCUACAAGUUUGGACUUGAGACGUGCCUGCUGCUGGGUGUCAAUGUGAUCGGGCAACGUAUGGACUUCUACGCCAUGCUCCACGCCUUCGCCCUGAUAACGGUCAUGUACCGACGCAGGAGGAAAGCCAUCGCAGAGACCUGGCCCAAGUACUGCUGCUUCCUGGCAUGCAUGCUGACUUUCCAGUACUUCGUCUGCAUCGGGAUCCCCCCGGCCGCCUGUAAAGACUAUCCUUGGAGAUUCCCAAACUCCAAGACAGACUCCAAUGUGGUCAAGUGGCUCUAUGUCCCCGAUUUCCUCUCCAGGCCCAAUCCAUCCUUCCUUAUCUAUGACUUCAUGCUGCUGCUGUGUGCCUCGAUGCAGAGGCAAGUGUUUGAUGACGAAAACAAAGCGGCCGUCCGCAUCAUGGCCGGAGACAACGUGGAGAUCUGCAGGGAUCUGGAUGCAUCCUCCUUCAGUGUCCACAACCCGGUCCCGGAUUUCAUCCACUGCAGGUCCUACCUGGACAUGCUGAAGGUCAUCAUGUUCAGCUACCUGUUCUGGUUCGUCCUGACCAUAAUCUUCAUCACGGGCACCACGCGUAUCAGCGUCUUCUGCAUGGGCUACCUGGUGGCGUGUUUCUACUUCCUGCUAUUUGGUGGCGAACUCUUGCUCAAGCCCAUCAAGAAGAUCCUCCACUACUGGGACUUCCUGAUCGCCUACAACAUCUUUGUCAUCACCAUGAAGAACAUUUUGUCUAUCUUGGCUUGUGGCUACAUCAACUCACUGAUCCCAAACCAGUGCUGGCUCAUCCAGCUCUUCAGCCUGGCCUGUACCAUCAAGGAGUACAACAUCAACACCAACCAGGACCACCUGAACAUCGACGAGAAGUGCGAGCUUCCCAGUGACGAGGCAGGCAUCAUCUGGGACAGCAUCUGCUUUGCCUUCCUGCUGCUGCAGCGUCGCGUCUUCAUGAGCUACUACUUCCUACACGUGGUGGCCGACAUCAGAGCCUCGCAGAUCCUUGCUUCUAGAGGGGCGGAGCUUUUCCAAGCCACCAUAGUGAAGGCGGUACGGGCGCGACUGGAGGAGGAACGGAAAUCUGUGGAGCAGCUGAAGCGACAGAUGGAGCGCAUUAAGGUGAGGCAGCAAAAGUUCAAGCGGGGCAAAGAGAAGAUGCUGAGCAUGGUGCAAGAGUCUGCAGAGGGUCAGACGCUCGUCCAGCCCCAGGAGGAUGAUGACGGAGCACAGCGAGCGAAAGCCAAGACCAAAAAAAAGCACUGGUGGAGGCCGUGGGUUGAUCAUGCUUCUAUGGUUAGAAGUGGAGAAUAUUACUUGUUUGAAACCGACAGCGAGGAGGAGGAGGAGGAGGAUGAAGAGCAGAAGGAGGAGGAGCCACCAAAGAAGUCUGCAUUUCAACGAGCUAUCGGGAAGUUUGUGUCGGCAGUUCUGGCUUUGCCCAAGUCUGUGAUAAAGCUUCCAAAAACUGUGCUCCAUUAUGUAGUGAAAGCAGGCAAGUUCCUCUACCACACCUGGAUCACCGGCCCCAAAGCUGCCCUGAAGGCGCGAGGCAAGGGGAAACGCAAAUUUUGGAAGAGAUACCCAAAGGGAGUGCAGCACAAGAAAAAGAGAAAACAGGCAGCUCCCGUGGGCAUCGAGGUGGGCGAGCUGUCAGACAGCCAAGAAAAUGACGACGACAACAAUUCUGGCCCAGACAACAUCAUGAAGCGAGUGUUCAACAUCAUCAAGUUCACGUGCGUGCUCCUGCAAACCACUGUGGACAGCUUCACUAAGUGGAUGAACGAGGUGUGCAGGGAGUACAUCGACAUCUCCACCGUGCUGCGCAUCGAGCGCUGCAUGCUCACCAGAGAGGUCAAGAAGGGCAACGUGCCGUCCCGGGAGAGCAUUCACGUUUACUAUCAGAAGGCCAUGAGGCUCAACCUUUCGCGGCAGGCCAGCAUGGACUUGCUCAGUGAGGACGAAUCGAUAGGGGGCUCGACGAGGCACCGCCGAGGGCGGAGGGGCUACCCCAUGGAGAGCCAGGCCUCCACGGCCUCCAGGGACAGCGUAUCAAGCGCCUACACUGAGGCCACCACGCUGUUCUCUCGCCAGUCCACACUGGAGGACCUGGACGGGAUGCCGGAGUGCAUCCCCAAAACCAGCGAGCGUGCCCGGCCCAAGCUGCGUAAGAUGUAUGGCCUGGACGUGUCCAAUUCGUCCAUGGACAGCUGCAGUAGCUUCGUGUCCAGACAGGGCACCACAGAAACUAUAGAAGAAGAAGUGGGCGAUGAGCGAGCUCAAGAGAAGGAUGAGCCACACUUUCCUUGGAAAUCCCAGGAGUUGGAUGAACCGGAGGAGGAGAAGGGCGGAGCUUGCAGUCGAGGGGGCACCAAGGAGGAGGAGCAGGAAGACCAGAACAAUGACGAGGAGAUGCUUGGUGUAAUUGAAGGACAGGAAGUACAGAACGAGGAAAUAAAUGUUCUCUGGGGGUCUUUUAGCCAAGGGGAAGGCUCCUCCCACAGACCGCAGGAAGUGGAAUCUGUUGGCUCCUCCCAGGAGAAAGUCAUCAGCGAGAGUGAUGAUGUCACGCAUGAAGCCCAAGUGGGGACGUUCUGCCCUGGAGACACCGAUGCCUCCAAGACGUCUGAUGUCGAAGUGCCUCCCAGCUACAGCAAGGCGGUCAGCUUCGACCGACUGGAGGUCAGCGAUGAUGACAGCGAUGUCGACAGGAGGCGGCAGCGCAUGAUGAUGACCUCGGACAGUCGCUCGGACAGCAGGUCUGACAUCAUGCUGCCCUCCAUGACCACUGAGCUGACCGCCAGUGAACUGCUGCUCAACAAGAUGUUUUAUGACGAGGAGCUGGACCAAUCAGAGAAGUUCUACAACAGCCAGCCGCUGGUGCUGCAACUGUGCUACGCCCUCUACAACAUGUUGGUGGCGCACUCCGAGAUGGUGUGCUACCUGGUCAUCAUCAUCAACCACAUGGUGUCGGCCAAUUUUGCCACCCUGGUUCUGCCCGUCACCAUCUUCCUGUGGGCAAUGCUGUCAGUGCCGCGGCCCAGCAAGCGCUACUGGAUGACCGCCAUCGUCUACACUGAGGUCACCAUUGUCAUCAAGUACUUCUUCCAGUUUGGUUUCUUCCCCUUCAACCAGAGCAAAAUAGGCAAGGACAAACCCUACCACCCUCCCAACAUCAUCGGGGUGGAGAAGAAGGACGGUUACGUCCACUAUGACCUGGUCCAGUUACUGGCACUCUUCUUCCACAGAUCCAUCCUCAAGUGCCAUGGCCUGUGGGACGAGGACGAUCCGAAGGAAAGGAAGGAGCAGUCCCGUCACAGCGAAUCUGAAGACGAAGAGCGGGAAAAGGACGAGAGUGAGAUUGAGUCGGAACCCGUCUCCAUGCUGGUCCGUGAGAGACGUGGCUCCACUCAAACCUUGAGAUCCAUCAACUUCGGCACCUCCAUAGACUCGGGGCAUGUACAGCUGCACAACUCGCAGCAGCCCACCUACCAGCGCCGCCUGAGCUCCGGUGGAGCCUCGCACAUCUCGCACAGAUCCCUGCACUCCUCUGCUCGGUCCAAACGAGGAAGUACGGCCUCUCACAGCGACAGCCACAAAGACGGCAGUGAGGCCAGCGUCCAUCAAAAGAGCAGGAAGCAGAUGAUCUUGGAGAAGCUGAAGGAGCAGUUCUUCAAGGCCAAAGCUUUCGCCGUAAAGAAGUUCAUGGAGGUCUACGUGCCCAUGAGGCAGUUCUUCUAUGACCUCAUUCAUCCCGACUACAGUGCUGUGACUGACGUUUACGUGCUCAUGUUCUUGGCCGACACGGUGGACUUCAUCAUCAUCGUCUUUGGCUUCUGGGCCUUUGGCAAACACUCAGCGGCGGACAUCACUUCUUCCCUGUCUGAGGAUCAGGUGCCAGGACCCUUCUUAGUCAUGGUCCUGAUCCAGUUUGGCACCAUGGUGGUGGACCGGGCCCUCUACCUGCGGAAGUCCGUCAUGGGCAAGGUCAUUUUCCAGGUCAUCCUGGUCUUCGGCAUCCACUUCUGGAUGUUCUUCAUCCUGCCGGGAAUCACAGAGAAGCGUUUCAACAAGAACAACGUGGCUCAGAUGUGGUAUUUUGUCAAGUGCAUCUAUUUUGGGCUGUCGGCCUAUCAGAUCCGCUGUGGCUAUCCUACCCGCGUGCUGGGGAACUUUCUUACCAAGAGCUACAACUACGUCAACCUCUUCCUCUUCCAAGGGUUCCGACUCGUCCCAUUCCUGACAGAGCUACGCGCCGUGAUGGACUGGGUGUGGACGGACACGUCUCUGUCCCUGUCCAGCUGGAUCUGCGUGGAGGACAUCUACGCUCACAUCUUCAUCCUCAAAUGCUGGCGGGAGUCUGAGAAGCGGUAUCCCCAGCCGCGCGGCCAGAAGAAGAAGAAGGUGGUGAAAUAUGGAAUGGGCGGGAUGAUCGUGAUGCUGCUGAUCUGCAUCGUCUGGUUCCCGCUGCUCUUCAUGUCCCUCGUCAAGUCAGUCGCCGGCGUGGUCAACACCCCGCUGGACGUCUCCUUCGAGAUCACGCUCGCCGGUUUUCAGCCCAUCUUCACCAUGAGCGCUCAGCAAAAACAACUGCAGGAAGUCACAGAGGAGGAGUUUCAGACGUUUCUAAAAUUGUACAAUGAUGACAACGAGGCGCUGCAGUGGCUGGAGGGCUAUACGCCAGGCGACCUGAUCAUCGCCGAGCUCAAAGGCAGCUCCAACUCCCUGUGGACCAUCAGCCCUCCCAGCAGGAACACCCUCAUUGACAUGCUGGACAUGGACGAGGACUUCCUCAUCACAGUGUCCUGGUCCGUGCAACGAAACCUCACUCUGGGCGCCAAGGCUGAGGUAGCAUCCGGCAAACAUGUGACCAAGCUGGACGAGGACACAAAGAAGAAGCUGAUAUUGCUGCUCAAUGGAACCAACAGUAAUUCACACGUGACGCUCAGCAACAUCUUCCCUCGUUACAUAAGAGCGCCCAGCGACUCGGAUGCUAAACCUGUGGAGCAGCUUCAUAAAGACAACAAGAUGUUGAACAUCAGCCUGAGCUUGAGGCAAGUCCAGACGGAACAGCGGCAGCUGCAGGAGUGGUGGAUCGUCAACCAGACGGAAAACGGUCCCAUCGACAAGAAGAGUCAGAGCUGCGACGCCUGUCUGGAGUUGUACGUGUUCAGCGAUCAAGUCAGCCCACCCAGUCUGGGCUUCCUGGCGGGAUACGGCAUCAUGGGCCUGUACGCCUCGGUGGUCCUGGUCAUCGGCAAGUUUGUGCGCGAGUUCUUCAGCGGCAUCUCCCACACCAUCAUGUUCGAGGAGCUACCCAACGUGGACCGCAUCCUCAAGCUGUGCACCGACAUCUUCCUGGUGCGGGAGACAGGCGAGCUGGACCUGGAGGAGGACAUGUACGCCAAGCUCAUCUUCCUGUACCGCUCGCCGGAGACCAUGAUCAAGUGGACACGGGAGAAGACCCAGUGAAGCGAGGACCUUUUUUGUUAAUUGAACAUGUGGGGGCGUGUCACAGCGCCGUUUUUUUGUCACCCACGUGGAGCACAAAUCUGCUGGUGCUGGAUGAAAGACUUUUCCUAACAUGAAGAUGAUGCUUUUGUACAGCUCAUUUCCUGCGCAACAGUCUGCUGUGUUUUUCUACGUGGACAAGAAGGACAUCCAAAGAGAUUCCCACCUUUUUAAAGCACAAAUGUCUUCUCCAACUGGAACGCUUGCAAGACGGGACAGGGAAUUCUUUUUGGUUUCAGUUGGGAGAGCCACUUGUCAUUCGUCACGGCUUCUUCGGUGUCUUCACUUUCUCAGGAAGUGCUCUUGUCACACGUGGCGUAUUCCUUGUACGACGUCACCACACGGGGUGAGGACCAGAAACUCACAAGGACUCUUGAUGAAACGGCAUGCCAUGAAACGAGACAAACUUCCCGUGCCUUCACCUGGCCAAUCAUCUUGGAGUUUCCCAAUCGGGGUAAUGUGCGUGGAACAGGUGAACCUGAAGGGAAAAAGGGCUGAAUGGUUCCGACUAUGCAUUAGAUCACAUUGUAGCAUGAGAGAAACGCUUCAUUAUUACUAAUACUUAUUGAUAAGAUUAUUGGGAAGACAUGGAGGUCAAAAGUGUUUGUUAAGGCUAUCAUGGCGGGCAAGAUGAAUAAAACGAAUGGAACGCUGCCUUAUUUGGUUUGUGUUUGCCGUCAUUCCCAGCAUUCCACAAUGUGAGUCCCAGUCUUCAAAAAUACACAGUGGUCGAGUGGUUAGCGCGCAGGCGUUUAAUUCACACAUUUAAUUCACGCGUUUAAAACACGCGUUUAAUUCCACCCUCGGCCAUCUUUGUGUGGAGUUUGCAUGUUCUCCCUGUGCAUGCAUGGGUUUUUUCCCGGGUACUCCUCCCACAUUUCAAAAACAUGCUAGGUUAAUUAAUUGAUUAAUUAAUUAAUUGGCGACUCCAAAUUGUCCAUAGGUAUGAAUGUGUGAAUGGUUGUUUGUCUAUAUGUGCCCUGUGAUUGGCUGGCCACCAGGGUGUACCCUGCCUCUAGCCCGAAGACAGCUGGGAUAGGCGCCAGCACCCCCUCUGCGGUAGAAAAUGAUUGUCACACAGCUUGACUCUCCACAACAAGUUCUAAAUGCUGGUGUUGCUGUACUUACAUAAGCUGAGGGCAGAGGGGCGUGCGUGCAAAAUGACUUAUUUGCCGCAUGUGUCAGGCAUAAACCAAGCUAAACCCCACUCACACGGCCAGCAAAGGCCAGCAUUCUUAAAUGCAAAUUUUUCUGCCUUUUGUAUGAAGUUGUGGACUCCUAUAGAGCAGCUACACAUAAUAACCCACACAGAAAGCUUUCUAGUUCUUCCAGAAUCUACACCUAUUCAGCUGUAUUUCUUUGGAUUUUCUGGAGUUCAAGUAUCUCAGGGUCUUGUUUACAAGUGAGGGAAAGUAGGACCAUGAGGUUGAUGGGCGAAUCAGCGUGGCGUCACUGUACCGGCCCUGUAUUGAGAUUGCGUAUACAAGUGGCUAAAUGAGUUUCCUCUGUGGGGUAGCUAGACUCGCCCUAAGAGAGAGGGUGAGGGGCAUCUAGCCCGGCUGGGAGAAGGCCCCGGGGCACCUAGGACACGCUGGAGGGAUUAUGUCUCACAGCUGGCCUGGGAACGCCUUGGUGUCCUCCCGGUGGAGCUGGAGGAGGUGGCUAGGGACCGGGAAGUCUGGGUUUGGUAUGGAAUGGAAAAAAUGAUUUUAAACAGGGUAGAUUUCCACUUUCAUGCCUAGAGGACUUGUUAGGAAGUGUAUUUAUGAAAUAUUCAAUUUAUCAAUUAACCCUAGCAAACAAUGUAUGACUAUCUCCCCCUUUCAUGUUUUGGCUAAAAAAACUGUCAGUAAUGUUAAAACAAUGCUAGUCGAAGUCAAAUGGGUUAAAAAGGAAAACAAACAGUAAAUUGGCUUUUAAGACUAGAGUAAAAUAAAUCCCACACAUUGAAAGUAUUUAUUAUUGAUGUGCAAACAUAUACAUCAGAUAUACUUUUUUUUU